AUGGGGAGCGACGCUUUCAGCCUGGUCCUUGCCCUGGCCCUGGUGGCAUGUGUCACCCCUGCGGAGAGGAAGUGCCUCCUCUCCGGGUCCUGGCAGAGCGACACUGGCUGCCGGAUGGUCGUGUCCAUCCUCAGCAAGGACGGCAGAUUCUCCGGUUCCUAUCUGCCGGGGUUUGCUGCCAGAGACCCCAAAAUCCUCACCUCGCCGUUGGAGGGGUCCCAGCAGGACGCAGGACUGGUCCCACAGCCCACCUUCUCCUUCACUGUGCAGUGGCAGCUCCGAGACUCAGAGACAGCCCGGACAACCGCCUUCCUGGGCCAGUGCUAUGUGGGCACCAAUGGGGAGGAGACCCUGCAUGCCCUGUGGCUCAUGAGAGAGGCAGCUGAGAGCCCCACUGAGGACUGGAAAGCCACUCGGAUUGGCACCAGUGUUUUUACUCGGAUAAAGUAA